AUGGAUGAGCUUGUUAUCCAGGAACACUUGGCCCAUUAUAAACAGGCGACAGAGACUGCACGAGAGGAACUUGCUGCCCUCCAGUCCAAGUACCAGAGUGUCCAUUCCAAGCUGCAGGACACUCGCACCAGGCUUGCAUCCCAGGAUGCCACAGUGCAGGAGCUGAGAGAAGCAAAUGAGGGGUACAAAGAGGCGGUGGCAAGGCAGACAUCCCUUGUUGAUUCUCUCAGGGAGCGGAUUCACAACACAGAGAAGGAGAUGAGCUCCAUUGCCUCCUCCAGAUCCCUCGUGGAUAUGAAAAUUCAAGUGCUUACUAAGGAGAAUCAAGAGAUGAGGGAAAGAGAACUACAACUGGAAAAUGAGACAAAACAUUAUCUUAAUGAAUGGAACAAGACAAAACAAGAAGCUGCUGACUUAGAGAGGAGAUUUCAGGGGUUUACGUCCAGACUGGCAGAAAGAAUGGCUAUUGACUUAGCAGGGAACAAUGACUCCAUGGAAUCAAUUAUCUCUUUGGUGGAUUUGUGCUGGCAGGAGAGAGACAGACAGAAGAUGAAGAUAUCUGCAUUGGAGGAGAGGAUAAAGUCCCAUGAGGUGGAGUGUAAAGCUAGCAGAGAGACAGUCAUGAGACUGGUAACAGAGAUGGACAAUGAACAGAGAGUGUCAGCUGCCCGUGCCAGUGACCUGGCCUCUGUCAGACAGGAACUGGACAGCAUUUUGACUAAGAAGAGGAGUCUGGAGACAGAGAACCAGAUGCUUAGGGAGAGGUUACAGGCUAGCGAUCUCGCCUUGUCAGCUGCAAGACAAGAGGCGGGUUUUUUGGAAAGGUGUUCCCAAGAUCUGGACAACAGGCUUCGCACCAGCCAAAACGAGGCCCGUACAAAACAAUGUCACCUGCAAGCCUUCCUUAGGCAGGUGACGGCAGUGUUGGUGGAUCAGCCAACAGAUAUUCCACUAACAGAGGAGAAUGUUCUAGAGAGACUGAAGGACCUGUGGAGCCAGAAGGAUGACACAAGAGCAAUGGAGGCAAAGCUGUCAGAGGUGUCAGAGGAGUUGGCCAAGCAGAGGGAGCAGCAGCAGGAGGCGGUGCAGAGAGCUGAGCAGGCGGAGCAACGGGAACAGGAGCUUCAGGAGAGAUUGGAACGUCUGGAAAAAGAGCUGGUCUCCUCAAGUGCACAUCGCAAUGACCUGAACAAGGACCAACAGCAAUACCUGAAGCUUCUGGAACAACUCUCAGAAACAAUGAGGAUUGACGGCAUUGCCACAGAUAUAGGUUUUGACAUGAGACCUGAGGCCAUUUUGAAACGCGCAGAGCAACUGAUCAAACAGGAGGGGACUGCUCUGGUGGAGAGCAAGAUCCUGGUCCACAGUCUCCAGAGGAAGGUGAAGGUUCAGAAAGAGCGUUUAGAGAGUAAAGAGCUUCACACAGAGCUCCUCAGAAGAAAGGUGACCCAGCUGGAGGAGGAGAAAAGGAGUCGCUCCUCUCUGGCCCUGGAACGCGAUGACGCCACGGUUGCCAGCAAAAAGCUGCAGAAGAAGGUGGAACGUCUCCAGGCUGAACUGGCCACCAUAAGGUUCUCCAACACAGAGCUGAAAGCUCAGCUGGCCCACACCAACGAGUUGAAGAUCAAAGUGAUGGAACAGAAUCAGACGAUUGAGGAGCAAAGUAAGAAUCUGGACAAGAUUAAGAAGAAUAGGGCUAAAGUGGAGAAGAGGCUGCAGUCAGAGCUGCAGAACCAGGAACAAAGAGCCAGGGACGAACUCCAGCACAUUCAGACACUGCUCCAGAGUCAGUCCAGUGCCAUGGCUGAGCUCGUGCAGAGGGAGAGGAAGCUGCUGGACUUUUGCAGUGCGGUGUCCGAAAUACUUGGUGUGAAUGACACUAUCUGCAUUCCCAACCAUGAAAUUAUCAGUCGGCUGAAGGCUCUGAUCCACGCAAAUUAUCACCACACUCCGCUUCCCUGCCACUGUAGAGUUCACCAUCACCACAUGGCUGCUGUCUCUGAGGCCCCAGUCAGCCCUGCCCUUCUGCCCUCUCACCCCAGGCCCAAGACUCCUUAA